AUGAGGGGGCUAGAGGCAGGAAAUAGAAAACUAGAGGAGAUUCGGAGAGGUAUGGAGGAAAGUGUGAAAAAGGCGCUAAAGGAAAUAGAGGAGGAAAGGGAAAAAGAAGCAGGGGGAAGGAGACAAAAAGGUUGGUGGGAUGAAAAAUGUAGAAAGGCAAAAAAGAAAGUGAGGAAAACGUUGAGGGAUUGGAGGAGAAGAGGAUCAGACGAGGAUGGAUAUAAAAAAGGAAAAAGGGAGUUUGCAAAGUUAUGUGAAAGAAAAAAGAAAGAAGAGAGGGAGAGAUUGGAGGAAAAAGUUAGAAUGGCGAAAAGGGAAAAUGAGGUUUGGGAAAUUGAGAACAGAGAGAGAGGGGGAAGAAAAAGAAUGAUUGAAGAUAUCGAUAUGGAAGAUUGGAAGGAGUACUUUAUAAGGUUACUGGGAGAGGUAGAGGGGAGGGUGGUGAGAGGAGCGGAAGGAAGAAUAGAGAUGGGGGAGGAGAAGGAGAUAGGAGGGGAAGAGAUAAAAAGGGCGAUAAAGAAGGUGAGGGAGGGAAAGGCGUGUGGAAUAGACGGUAUACCUGGAGAGGUCUGGAAGUAUGGAGGGGAUGAUAUGGAGAGUUGGAUAGGGAAGUUUUGCAACAAAGUGUGGAAAAGAAAAAGUUGGCUAAAAGAGUGGAAGGAAGGGAUUAUAGUACCCAUAGUGAAAAAGAGAGAUGGACAGAAGGUGGAUGAAUACAGAGGGGUAACCCUAAUGUCUUCGUUAUACACAAUAUAUGUCAUGAUACUGGCGGAAAGACUGGAAGAGGACUUGGAAGAGAAGAGAAUAAUCCCACACAAUCAAACGGGUUUUAGAAAAGAGAUGGGAACAAUAGACAAUAUCUAUACGAUAAACUAUUUAAUAAACAGGAGGAUAGCGAAAAAAGGAGGAAAGCUGGUGGCACUCUUUGUGGACUUAAAGGCCGCAUUUGACUUGGUAGACAGAAGCAAAUUGAUAGAAGCGAUGAAAGAAAGAGGGAUGAGAGAUGGGAUAAUAAAAAGAGUGAAACAGGUAAUAAGGGAGGCGAAAUUAGAGGAAGAAAUGGGAAAGAUGAGAUGGGGAGGAGUGAGGCUAGAGGAAGAAAGGGUAUACACGCUGGCAUAUGCGGACGAUAUGGUGAUGAUGGCGGAAAGAGAGGAGGAAAUGAGGAGCAUGAUAGAGAGGCUGGAGACGUACCAUGAGAAGAAGAAAGUGGAACUGAACGUGGAGAAAACAAAGGGGGAAAAAUGGGAAUCAGGAGGGGCAGGUGAAAAAGAGAGGAAGAAAAGCGGCAGCGGUAAUAGGACAGGCGUGAGGCAUUGGGAAGAGAAGGUUUGGCAAAGAUUGGGGAAGAAGGUUAUGGUUAUUCGACAGGUUGAUAUAGACGGUGAUGGGAUAUGGCGUGGAGAUUUGGGGAUAAAGAGAGAGGGAAGAGCUAGAGAAAUUUGA